AUGCUUUCCGCCUUUACAGCUCGACCUAUCGUUGAGCUCCGCCAGCGAGACAAAUCGAAGAUUGAGUCUAUACUUGCAUUUGUUGGUCUGAAUACGGGAAGUUUACGCAUAUAUCAAGUUAACGACACACCGGGCGAUAUCGGUUUACUUCGAGAGGUCGAGAAGUUCUCUACUCGAGCAGUAGAGCAGCUAGCACGAAUAAAGGAGGCCAAUGUUUUGAUAUCUUUAUCGAAUUAUUAUGUCUCGAUACAUGAUCUGCAGACGUAUGCUUUACAGGAACAGUUGACGAGGACUAAGAAUGCUUCCACUUUCGCUGUUACAUCAAAUAUUGUCAAAGACCCAGCCACAGGAAUACCAGAGAUUAUAUCAAGACUUGCAGUUGCCGUCAAACGAAGGUUGUUGAUAUGGUCGUGGCACCAAUCUGAGUUAUCGUCCGAGACGACGGAAAUUACGCUCGCAGAAUCUAUUCGAACUUUGACUUGGGCAUCUGCGACUAAGAUAAUUUGUGGCAUGAACUCUGGAUAUGUCAUUGUUGAUAUCAAUUCCCAUGAAAUUGAAGAUAUUGUUGGGCCAGGAGCUAUUGGAGGCGCGACAAGUAAUCAAGGCGGUAGAUUUGGUGGCAUGGGCUCUGCGAGCAUGGGUUAUAUGGGUCUGGGAGGUUAUAUACCCAAGCCACUGGCGACGAAGCUUGCAGAUGGAGAAAUCCUGCUUGCAAAGGAUAUAAAUUCUCUUUUCAUAACAUCGGAAGGGAAGCCAAUAGAGAAAAGGCAAAUCCCUUGGCAGCCAGCGCCGGACGCUAUUGGAUAUUCAUAUCCAUAUAUUAUUACUCUUCAAGCACCAUCUAAAGGAAUGCUCGAGGUUAGGAAUCCAGAUACUCUAUCUCUUUUGCAAACGAUACCGCUACCUAAUGCGAAUCAGUUGCAUUUUCCGCCUCCAAAUAUUAGCUUAGCACACGCUGGAAAAGGUUUCCAUGUGGCUAGUGAGCGAUGUAUAUGGCGAAUGGGUGCUGAGGAUUAUGAUUCACAAAUUGACGAACUCGUUGAAAAGGGACGCUACGAUGAAGCACUUAGCAUUCUUAAUAUGCUUGAAGAUGCUCUACUACACAAUAAGACUGAACGAGUACAACAAGUGGAAGCUCUCAAGUCGAAACUUUAUUUUGAUCAACAAAUUGAGCAAGCUCAGGCUUUGUUUAAUCAACGCAAAUACCGUGCAGCAAUCGAUAUAUUUAUUGCUAUUGAAGCACCCCCGGAACGUGUGAUCAAGUUGUAUCCAAAGGCAAUAGCUGGUGAUCUGUCGGUCGUUGAGGAGAAAAAUGGUGAUGUCGAAACGGAUAACGAUGAAACCAACGGUAGUGCAAAUAGCGAUUCAGAUUCGAAGGAUUCCCUAAAGCCAGCCGCCGUCAAGAAGUUAAUCAGGAACCAUAAAAAAUCUAGCUCGGAUGCAUCGUCAAUUAGAUCUUUUAUGAAGCAAGAUAAUUCAGACAAUGAUAGUGCAAGUAUAAAAGCAGUUCCAGUUGAAGAGGGCCCUCUCGAAGGCAAAGAUCUAGUUACAGCAGCCAAGGAGCUUAAUGCUUUCCUCGUGGAUGCGCGAACGAGACUAAAGAAGUUCUUAGAUUCCGAGACUGGAAAAAUCAUUCCUCCGAAAGAAAAUGGCCAUGGAGAAGCACCUGAACCCACAUUUGAUUCUCUUCUGGCUGCUCCCGAAUCGGAAGCUGAAGCAGAGAAAGACCGCGAGCAAAAAUUGCUGGAAACGGCGAAAUUAGUAGAUACUACUCUUUUCCGUUCUUAUAUGCUAUCAAUGCCGAGUUUGGCGGGACCACUGUUUCGAUUGCCAAACUUCUGCGAUCCAGAUGUGGUCAAUGAGAAAUUAUUAGAGACCGGAAGAUUUAAUGACCUCGUUGAUUUCUUCCAUGGCAAAAAAUUGCAUCGUCCUGCCCUGGAGCUUCUAAAGAAGUUUGGUAUGGGAGAAGAAGAGAAUGAACAAGCCCCAACAUUACAUGGACCUCAAAGAACCGUUGGCUAUCUUCAACAUUUACCUCCCGAGAUGAUUGAUCUGAUUCUUGAAUUCGCAGAAUGGCCUCUACGAGCUGAUCCUGAUCUUGGUAUGGAAAUAUUCCUAGCCGAUACAGAGAAUGCGGAGACAUUGCCGAGGGAGAAAGUCCUCAAUUUUCUGCACAAUAUCGAUAUCAAUCUUGAGGUUAGGUACUUGGAGCAUGUGAUCAAUGAGCUUAAUGAUAUGACUGCCGAUUUCCACAAUCGACUUGUUGGUGCAUAUAUGCAAGAAUUGAAGCAACGGCUGGAUAGAGACUCCGAACAAUGGAAAGAUUUAAUGGGACGAAUGGUAUCAUUCUUACGGUCGAGUAACAUAUAUUCUUGUGGAAGGGCAUUUGGGUUGAUAGACAGAGAAGAUCCAAACUUCUACGAAGCCCAGGCUGUUGUAUUAAGUAACAUGGGUUCACAUAAACAGGCACUUGAAAUAUAUGUAUUCAAGAUUAAGGACUUUGAGAAGGCCGAAGAGGUCCAUAUGAACCAAGAAGCUUCAAUGUCAUCACCAGUCCCGACACACCGCGCAUCUAAAUCAGAGAAGGGCGACCCUCUACCUUCUAUAUAUCACACACUUCUUUCUCUUUAUCUUAAGCCAUUACCCCCAUAUAAACCCAACUGGCCACCUGCUUUGCAGCUUCUAUCAAGACAUGGUUCACGUCUACCUGCAUCCUCUACCCUUGAUCUGAUUCCGGAAAAGCUUCCUGUGGCAGAACUCGAAUCAUAUUUCCGUGGUCGUAUACGAGCUGCAAAUUCGAUCGUCAAUGAAUCUCGGGUUGUGGCAGGAUUGAGAAAGAGUGAAGUUGUGCGUGCGCAAGCAACGUUAUUGCUAGGUGACGGUUUACCAAAUGGUCAAGGGGGGAGGAAUAGGAGAGUUGUCGUAAGCGAUGAGAGGGUAUGUGGUGUUUGUCAUAAGAGAUUGGGAGGUAGUGUUAUUGCUGUCUUGUCGGAUAGUUCGGUUGUACAUUAUGGGUGUUUGGGUCGAGCAAAUGUGCAACGUCCAUCUUCGUCGCGAGGCUCGUGGGGAGGACGAUAA